AAAGUCUACAGAAGGACUUUGAAUACCAUACAUCAGAUUAAAGUCUGAAGUAUUAACUAUUGAGACAGACCAGAGGUAAGAGGAGGGUGUAAAUAGGUGAGAAGAAGGAUGUGGUGCAGGUGAAGAGGGUGGAGUUCAGAGAGUAGAGAGGGUGGAAAGUAGACAAACAGAGCAGCCAAUUGAUCCCCUGAGCCUGACAGAUCACCUGAGAGAAACAAGACAAUGAGGAUCUGAACAGCACAGCGUAACACUUGCUGCGACCAUGUAUGGAAAGUGCUUGGUUUAGUGAAGGAGGAAAACAUGAGCCUGUAAUAGAAGGAUCCAAAUAUUCAUUUAUUUUCCUUGAAGUAGAGGAGUUCACUGAAGGAUUUGAGAAUGUCUAGUUUGUCGAACGCAGACUAUCGCUGUGCGCAUGGGGACACCAUCUGUGAGGUCCGUCUGUAUGAGCAGGAGGUGAUUGUCGUACCCGUCCUCCUGCUUGCCACCUUCUUGGUCACUCUGGUUUUCAUCCUCCUGCUGCGAUUCUGCCCAGAGAGGGUCGAUCGAAUCCGACCACAUGCCUCAAAGUCCACUUCCAGGUCCACUUCCAGGAGAGUUCUGCAUGGCAUUGAUGCUCCUCCAGGUAUCAAUGUUUUAGAGCAUGAGAGCAUCGCCUUGGAUAUGCCCAAUUCCUACUCCACCUUCCAGCCCCCGAACUCUUACAUCACAAAAAACCUCUCUACAACCGUGAGCACACCUGCACCUCCAGCCAGCCCCCAACCCCAGCCCUACACGCCUAGUUUCAUUCCCAUUGCCCAGCCCAGAGAGUUGCCCCGCCAGAGGCUGCCAGAGUCCUUCAACCUGGUCACCCCUCUGCCUGCUGCCUUCUCCCUGCACUCUGACGCCCCUGUGUCCUUCUACAGGGCUCGUAUGGAAAAUAGGAAUGUGAUACUGCGAGUGCUAAAUGACUCAGCCGAUGCCACAGAGAGACACAGCUUCCUGGGCUUUGCAUCGUUCCUGGCCCAGCUGGGUCCACAUCCAUUCCUGCCAGAACUCCUUGGUGUGGUCUCACUUCGUGCACCUCUUGUCACAGUUGUGGAAGAGUUGGAAAACAGAGACCUGCUCAGCUUUUUGUGGCAAUGCAGACAGGAUCAGAUGGAUCCUCCAUGUGAAAUGACUGAAAGAAGAAUAUUUACCAUGGCCAAUCAAGUAGCUUCUGCCCUGGAGUUCCUUCACAGUAAAGAUCUCCUCCAUGGAAACAUUCGGGCCCGCAGUGUGUUGGUCAGUAAUCAGCUCACAGCCAAGCUCUGGGGUCUGCACGGAGUCUACACACGGAAGAACAAGGGAGCUACUCAGAGGGAUGAUCCCAGCAUGAAGAAGUGGCAGGCACCAGAGCUGUUAGUCAGGAGGCCUGCGAGCCAGCGCAGCGACAUCUGGUCAUUCGGCAUAUUAUUGUAUGAAAUGGCAACUUUGGGUGAUGCUCCGUUUGCAGAGAUUUCAGUUAAUGAGCUCCUGCAGUUUCAUCAGAGAGGAAAAAGUCUGAAGAAACCCUCCAAUUGCUCCAACACACUGUUUGCCCUCAUGAAAAGCUGCUGCCAGUGGAAAGAACAAGAUCGACCCUCCUUGGCUGAAGUGAGCCGAAAGCUUGUUUCGGGAGAGAAAAGUGCCUCUGAUAAAGUCCUCAAGGCGUCUGGGACAGUAAACAUUGAACAGUACCUGCAGGAGGCAGGAUAUGGAGAAUCCAACAGCUACACUGUUUUCUGAUCACGUCCAGAACCGGCCAAGGAGGAGAAGUAAUUACACUACUGUCUGAAACCCCAAUGGUGCACUUUUAUGAGCAGUUCAAGUGCUUCAAACUCUGAAUGACGAGUAUUGAAAAGGCAACUUACAUUAUUUUCCUUCAUUAUAUUAAUUAACGGACAAGCAAAACCUCAAUGUUUCUGUUUAACUUAGUAAACCAUUAACAUUUAUCUGAAUAAAACCAGGGUUUAGAUGGGGAAGUAUAACGUCAUAUUAUUGUAUUACAGCUAGAAAUUGUAAACCUGACCAGUGUAUAGCUGCUACAUCCAGAACUUGUGGUUGAUCCUGUCCAUAAAAGGUUUGCAAAGCUUUCUAAAAAGGCCAAUCUAAUAACAGAUGUAAUUUUUCUGUAUUUAUUACCAAAGCAUUUUGUACAAUGCCAAAUAGGCAGAAUUAUGAAGGUGAAAAACAAGAACGUUAUUAAAGCUGUUAUACGUCUACAUUGUUUACUCAGGAGGGACAGUUAUGUGAAAAAACAUUUGCUUAAAUUGGUUUAUAAACUAUACAUUAAGUGCAAAUGAGGAUGACUUUUUUUUUCUUUAUUUUUAAACUGAAAUCCUUUUGAGGAAUAAAAUGCCACACACCGCUCCAGCAACAGGUUCUUUUUAUUGAUAGUACUGCAUGCAUGUACAGAAAGCACUUCCAUUCAUCCCUGGAGAGAGCAAACCAUGGUGAAUACCUACUUCCAGGUAGUUAAGUUGAUUAAAGCUGCUAAAACUAUUUUGUUUUCAUGAAAAAAUAAUUCUGAUUGUACUAUAAAAUGGAGAAAAUACAAAACUAAAUUUUCAAUAAAUGCUAAAAUAAACUAAUCACAGUA